GCACAUCUUGCUGCAAUGGUGUCUGCUUGGAAUAAUCAUGGCACAGCAGGCAGCAGGAUGUCGAUUGUCAGCAUCGUGGCCAGGGAAAUCUUGGACUCCCGAGGGAAUCCCACAGUGGAGGUGGACCUCCGCACCGACAAAGGAGUCUUUCGCGCGGCGGUUCCCAGCGGCGCAUCGACGGGCAUCUACGAGGCCUUGGAGCUCAGGGAUGGAGACAAGAGCAGAUACAAGGGAAAAGGCGUCCUAAAGGCCGUCGGACACAUCAACGGCGCGUUGGGUCCUGCACUUAUCGCCUCUGGCCUCAGCGUGGUGGAACAAGAGCAGCUGGACAACAUAAUGAUUGAGAUGGACGGUACAGACAACAAAUCUCAGUUCGGGGCCAAUGCCAUACUGGGCGUGUCAUUGGCUGUCUGCAAGGCGGGCGCCGCCCACAAGGACGUGCCCCUUUACAGACACAUCGCCGACCUGGCUGGAAACACGGAAAUGGUUUUGCCCGUGCCCGCGUUCAACGUGAUCAACGGAGGUUCUCACGCCGGGAACAAGCUGGCCAUGCAGGAGUUCAUGGUGCUUCCCGUGGGAGCCGAGUCCUUCAAAGAGGCCUUAAGGAUAGGCUCCGAGCUGUACCACACGCUAAAGGGCGUCAUCCAGCAGAAGUACGGACAGGAUGCCACCAAUGUGGGAGACGAGGGAGGAUUCGCACCCAACAUCCUGGAGAACAGCGAGGCUUUGGACCUUCUUCAGACUGCCAUCGACAAGGCGGGCUUCACGGACAAGGUGGUGGUGGGCAUGGACGUGGCCGCCUCCGAGUUCUACCGCGAGGGCAAGUACGACCUGGACUUCAAGUCACCGCCGGACGCCAAGCGCCACGUCAGCGCAGAGGAGCUGGCCGACAUCUACCAGGGCUUCGUCAACAACUACCCGGUGGUGUCCAUCGAGGACCCGUUUGACCAGGACGACUGGGAGGCUUGGACCCGUCUGACGGCCCGGGUUGGCAUCCAGGUGGUGGGCGACGACCUGACGGUCACCAAUCCCAAGCGCAUCGAGAAGGCGGCCGAGGAACGCGCCUGCAACUGCCUGCUGCUCAAAGUCAACCAAAUCGGCUCCGUCAGCGAGGCCAUACAAGCGUGCAAACUGGCUCAGGCCAACGGCUGGGGCGUCAUGGUCAGCCAUCGCUCCGGGGAGACCGAGGACACCUUCAUCGCAGACCUGGUGGUCGGACUGUGCACCGGACAGAUAAAGACCGGCGCCCCGUGCAGGUCCGAAAGGUUGGCCAAAUACAACCAGCUCAUGAGAAUCGAAGAGGAGCUGGGAGACCAGGCCCGCUUUGCAGGACACAACUUUAGGAACCCCAGCGUCCUGUGAAAAUCACACGCACACGCACACACUGAGCCAUGUACGAAGGGCAACUCACAUGCAAGUUAAAAGAUAUGCACUGGACUCUUAUGACCCAAGGGGGAUGAUGCUGUAUGGACACGUGCGCACCUACGCACACGCUCACAGACACAACCGCACACACACACACACACACCUGCAGGUGGAGUUUAAAAGCCAGACAUGCACUGUUAUUGUAGUAUUCAAAGAGUAGUUUGAAAAGAAAGUAUGAAGACUUCUUCACGGCCAGGAUAAACCACUACGCGCUUCUCCUCCUCCUUUCCUUUCCCCUGUUCUUGUUCACGUGACACUUGGCGUUCGAAGAAACAAAUGGAGUUUGCUAUGCGCUCGAAUGUCCGCGGAUGGCCCAGGACUGCCUGUAAGAGAUUCAAAGGAACAACGCAAACCAUCAGCAGAUGGCAUGUCCAUGCAAAUGUGUGAAAUAAAACAAUUUACAGCUUGA